AUGGAUAUUCCUCCUAUUCCAGACAAUCGACCACGGCCUAAUCGCUCCCAACACUCGUCUUCAAUACCAUCAGACGUUCCGACAAUCCAGGUUUCGAACGAGGAGCAGUCAGUUACAACAUCUGAAACAUCUAGUCAGCAUUUCUCGCUCGAUGACCAACGCCGACCGGCCUCCAGCACGAGCGAACUCAGAUCUCAACCAUCCAUAAAGUCGCUUAAUCGCCAAUACACAAUAAACGAACUCCCUGUUCUCCAAGAAACCAAUCCUUACGAUGGAGCCGAAGAAUUUAAUCCAGUCAAUGAGGAAGGCUCCUUCGAUCUAGUCGCUCCAUACGAAGGCGACGGAGUUUCACUCCAUAGCCUCGAGUGUCAAGCGGAGUUGAUGUUCUCUGCGCGACACAUGGUUGCGAUUCUAUCGAAUCCGCGAUAUUUGGCGCGCUUUCGCGAAUUUCUGACUAAGGAGCGCCCACGGUCAAUUCCGACAUUAACGUAUUAUCUCAAUGCGUGCAAGGCACUGAAGGCCAUUCAGUACGCGAACGCUUUAGUGCGACUAUCAGUUGAUGUGCCUACGGCGGGUAUCAAGCAGUCCAGCCCCAUCGGCCUUGUCGAGAGUCCAGCACUUGAAAAGCGCGUACAGGACGCUUUGAUUGCGCUGACAGCGGAAGAACUACCAGCCUUCAUCACGGCAACUUGUAUGAACAUAACAAGCAAAGUGGUGGAAGAACGGAUACGUGGAACGCUGCCAGACCGGUUCAGAGGAACGGCUGAUGCAUUGGCCGAGGUGUUCUGUUUGACGGAUCCUUCGCGACCAGAUAACCCGAUCAUCUUUGCUUCGGAGGAAUUCCAUCGCACAACGCAAUAUGGUAUGGACUAUGUGCUUGGACGAAACUGCCGUUUUUUGCAAGGCCCACAGACAAAUCCCAACAGCGUGCGACGAAUCCGCGAAGCGAUCGAAGAGGGUCGACAUCAUUCGGAGCUCUUCCUGAACUAUCGCCGCGAUGGCUCCCCCUUCAUGAAUCUCCUCCAAUGCGCCCCUCUUUGCGACAACCAAGGCAAAAUCCGGUACUUCAUCGGCGCGCAAAUCGAUGUAUCAGGGUUGGCAAUGGAUGGCGCACAAAUGGAGUCUUUAUUGAACCUCAAAGCACAAGUCGAAUCGUCCCAUAGAGAAGGUAGCUCUGAAAGCCAUCGACAAGAAUCGAAGAGCGAGUUUCAAGAGCUUGGAGAGCUAUUCAGCCCAAAGGAACUGCGCAAUGUCAAUGAACACGGAGGCAGCCUUUUCCAACCCGUUCUCGACGCUGGUGGUCGCACCUGGUUAAUGCCGGAAUCGCCUCGAGAGACGGAAGGUGAAGUGCGCAUUGGCAGCGGCGUGCCGGCAGCACCAACUCCCAGCAGUGGCUCUUUGGUUGGUGUCUAUAGACACUACCUGCUAGUUCGGCCUUACCCCUCUCUUCGAGUCCUCUUCACGUCGCCUUCCCUUCGAAUCCCCGGUAUACUGCAAUCCUCAUUCUUUGCGCGCAUUGCGGAGUCGAUAGAAAGAGACGAAUUGCACCAUGCCAUGAUGGCCGGACGGAGUGUGACGGCGCGUAUUUUUUGGGUGACUAAAAAUAAGGACCACGGGCGUCCUCGCUGGGUCCAUUGUACUCCCCUGCUGGCUAAUAAUGGACAAGUGGGCGUGUGGAUGGUGGUGAUCGUUGACGAUGAGGAUGAGCAUGUACGGUGGAAGGGCAGCUGGCCCACAUCUUGA